UAAAACCCUUGGCAACUUUUUUGUUCUUUUGGGCUCCUAUCGCGAUCUCCUUCUAUCUCGAUCAGUUCCAGUAUCUUCGAUCUUCUCUCCGUCGAUCGAUUGCUGAUGGCGUCUCUGGAGACGGACAUCAACAUGGUUCCCUCGGGCGAGGGCUCGAGCUCGGCCGCCGUCGCGGGCCCGUCGUCCUCGACGAAGAAGCCGAAGCGGUUCGAGAUCAAGAAGUGGAACGCCGUCGCUCUCUGGGCCUGGGAUAUUGUGGUAGACAACUGCGCGAUCUGUAGGAACCACAUCAUGGAUCUCUGCAUUGAGUGCCAGGCGAAUCAGGCUAGUGCAACGAGCGAGGAGUGUACCGUUGCUUGGGGAGUGUGCAAUCAUGCCUUCCACUUUCACUGCAUUAGUAGGUGGCUCAAGACCCGGCAAGUUUGUCCUUUGGAUAACAGCGAGUGGGAGUUCCAGAAAUAUGGCCACUAGGCUUUGGCCCCUUGAAGUCAUCCAAACCAUUUCAACUUCAUUCACUGUUAUAGAACUAAAUUUGCCUGGAGGAUAAACAAAGCUUUUGUAUCAGUUCGGUUUUCCUAAAUGCAUGUUUCGUUUUGAAUUAAGGAAUUGAUUUCUGGUGGAAUUUGGUCCUGAAUGCUUGUCAAAAUUAUGGGAGUAGAUGGUAAUGAUUGGUUUUGAGUUUA